AUGGGCGUACGCCAAAGCCGAUCUGGUCGGUGGGUGGCGGAAAUCAAGGGCACAACUCAAAAAAUCCGCCUAUGGCUUGGUACCUUUGAUACCCCGAGCAAGCCGCUCAUGCCUACGAUGAGCCUGCUUGCCUCCUCCGUGGCCCCAAAACUCGUACCAAUUUCUGGCCACGCAACAACACUGGUAAAUUUGAUAGGUCUGAAGGUUCAUUAUCAGUGCUCGCAUCUAAGGUUCUCUGCCAUCUCCUCCAACACAUGGAGACCCGACGGGUUGCCAACAGUCUACUACACUCUUCAUCCUCCAUACCAACAAACCAAUCACUCCUUUUGCCUUCAUUUCUGCCACCACAACAUCAACAACAACAAUCACAUGGAGACCCGACGGGUUGCCAAUAGCCUGCUACACUCUUCAUCCUCCAUGCCACCAAACCCAUCACUGCUUUUGCCUUCAUUUUUGCCACCACAACAUCAACAACAACAACAACAACAACAACAAGAACAAAACCAAGACCAAGAAUUAAAACUCAUUGGUAUAAUGGCUUAUGAUGAGACUUUAAGUGAUAUCGGCGCCUCUAGUGCUAUUGCUCAUGGUGGUGAUGAGAUGGAAUAUA